AUGGCCGCCACUGCUGAGACCUUGAACUUGGAAUCGACCUCUCGUUCACCGAACUCGACAGUUGAUGAGGUUGAAGGCAUAAGCACCGCGGUGCUAGUUUUCAGAACCCUUUUUAUCACGUUUGUCUCGGUAUUUACGAUCGUCGGUAACCCGUUCUGCAUCGUGGUGAUACGGCGGACGGCUGUCCUUUCCGACAGCGCCAAAGUGUUCAUGAUCGCCCUGGCGGUUGCCGAUUUUUCCGUGGGCGUCAUUGCCGCGUUCUCCAUCGUGCCAGCGGCCACAGGGGACUGGUUCUGGGGCGAUCUUCUCUGCAAGGCGACCUCGGCACUGGUGACAAUAUUCUGCCUGGCCUCGGUGUCCUUCUUGGUAUGUCUGUCCGUCGACAGGAUGAUGGCCGUUACCAAGUCGUUGCACUACCCCAGUAUCAUGACCCAACGGCGAGCCGUGAUCAUAGCCGUCAGUGUCUGGUUAACCUCGGUGGCUAUCAUUGGUGGGUCGUGGGUCGCCAGUCCGGCGGUCGAGUACAGCAACUUUUCCGCGACGUGUGCCUGGCAGUGGGACGCUAAUCACGUCGCGUUUGCCUCAGUCGUGUCCACCAGUUUCUUCAUCUUUCCGUUCUUGGUGCUGUCCGUCAUGUACUUGAUAAUGUUCAAUAUCAGUCGCAAGCACGCCCGGAGAAUAGCCAGCCAAGCACCCAUUGUGCCGGUGGCCAGGGACGCUGAGGCCCGACCACGAGCCCUGACCGUCUCGCACCAGCUGAAAGGGAUUAUCAACCCUGUCCAUCCUCCUCACGGCGACCGUAAGGCCCUCAAGAUGUUCUCUGUGAUCACCAUAGCCUUCACGAUAGCCUGGUUACCCUACAGCGUGUCCAUCCUCUACAGCAGCAUUCGAUCGGAACCUUUCCUCCACUGGGUAGGUUUCGUAGUGACCUGGCUCGCGUUAUCUAACAGUUGGUUCAAUGUCAUCAUCUAUGUGUGCAUGAACCGAGCUCUUCGAGAGACGGCCUUACGCUUACUCAAGAAGAACGGGCGAUGUUCACACCUACCUCCCUGCUGCUGCUGCAACAAAUCACGGGCGGUUGUCCAAGCGCCUUCGAACGACCAGCAAGCCUUCAAUACGUAAACUAUUUGAACAGACAUUCUCAUACGAGAGACAAAAUUUAGAGAAUGUAUCUUCUUAUACCAUCGGUAUGAAAUCGUACUUAAAAUUAGCAGGGGGUACAAUACUUUGUAGAGGCUUUUACAUGCACCCCAAAUUCAUCUUUACUGGAAAUGGUAUCGCGUGCACAACUUCAAAACCUGAGUGUUAAGUGGUUUUCAACACUGCAGUAUUAAGCCGUUACGGGCUAACUUUGUAAUUAGAUACCAAAAGGCAAUUAUUGGAAGUUGACUGAGAUGUUUGCCCACGAUUUAUAGCCUGAAGUUUCCUUAUUAUAGUCACGCUGAUAUAUUGAUAUACAUUCUGUGAAAGGGGUUCUGUUUCUUUCUAACUCAAAGACUUUUAAAUACAUUCUGUUCAGAUUUAUUCGUCGAAUGUUACUUUCAGGUCUUUGACGUGCACAAGGAAUGUACGAUCAUGUAGCCGAUGCACGUGUUAGAUAGUGGCAUAGGCAUGUGACCGUAGCGACGCUGUUGACAAUGAACACACUUAUAUAGAUGUAAUUAAUUUGCCUCAUGCCUGGUGCAACACGGGUGACGUACAAGUUGUCCUAAAAAGGCAAACAAAAUGUCAGGGGUGUUCCCUGAUAAAAAAACAGGACAUUCUUUACUAAGUUCAAUUUGUCCUCUUUCAUUUUGACGUCAGCAAGAUGAUUGGUCAAACUGAUCAUCAGAAACGAUCUGACUUGGUUUUUGACACACCGUGGAGUGAUGCAUCUUGCAUGGAUGAAUAUGAUACGCGAGUUCGUGGUAAUGGAACCGUGUAUGCCUGGAUUGUAAACAGUAUGGUCCGAUCAAAAGACGUCAAAGUAUCACGUGAGUACAUGGUUUUCCGACAUCGCCCAUCGUAGGCAAGCAUUUUGUUAGCAACCGUAAGUCAGAGGAUGUACACUUGAAAGUAGGUCUCGUUUUCAUUUGAACGUAAUGGAAUUCUUUAUCAAAAUGGCAUAAUG